UUGCUCUUUCUUUAAGUUGGGUUCAGGGAUUCUCAAACAAGAACUUUGGCUUCGUCAACAAGCAAACUGUCUGCUACCCUUGUGGCAAUUACAUCCUCUUCCUUGACAUCGAAACAAAGAAGACAACAGCACUGCAGUGUCAGACUGGCCAGGUGGGAGCCUUCGCGGCAAAUGGAAACAGUCAAGUGGUGGCCUUUGCAGACCGGCAGCUGAAUCCCAUCAUAUAUAUCUACACUUUUCCGGAACUGAGUAAACUGACAGAAUUAAAAGGUAGUGAUGUGCUGGACUAUACCUUACUUGCAUUUAGUUUCACAGGCCCAUAUCUGGCCAGUUACUCUUCAAUCCCAGAAUUUGUGCUUUCAGUAUGGAACUGGCAAGAAAAUAUCCUCCUGUGCAGUGAGUCUCAGCCAGGGGUAACAGCGACCUCUUUAAGUUUCAACCCUAUGGAUUGGCAACAGCUAUGUUUUGUUAAUGAGAGCUCCGUUACUAUCUGGCAUAUUGAAAGGAAUAAUGAUGAGUAUCACCUUAAGCAAAACCCUGUGAAACUCCCUGAUGGACGAGGGUCCCUGAGUUCUCAUAAGGACUUGUUUUUCCCAGUUUCUCAUAGUGAAGAUUCAUACCAUGGCCCUGAUUUGCCAGUUUCAGCCAUUGCUGGACUGGUAGGAGAUGAAGCAGAAACAUUCAUGCCCAGAAGUUAUAUUAAGCCUUCAGUACACCCUACUGCCCACUGCUGGACUGCCACCUCAGAAAUUUACCUGGGCUGUAAGGAAGGACAUAUUUUGACAAUUGAUGCUGCGAGGUCACACAGUGUUUCUGUUCUUCAACAAAAACCUCUACCUGGUGACAAACCAAAGGAUCUGCAAAAACCAGUGUUAUUUGCCAUGGCAUUUUGUAAGGAGGGGCUGUAUGCAGCUGGAAAUGAGGGCAUUUUAUUCUUUUAUCACAUCAAAGAUCUACAAUAUGAGAAGAAAAUCUGCACAAAUAUCUUACAACCCAUAUCCAGCCUCCUGUUCUCUCCAGAUUACACCAUGCUUCUGCUUGUCACUGACCAGGGGACAGUAUAUAUUUACAAUCCUUCCCACAGUGAAGAAGCUGUCAAACUUUUGGACACAUGCAGCAGUUGUUUUCUGGCAGCUGGUUUUCUUACUCCAGAGAACAAAUACUGUGUGUCAGUUACAAUUUCAGGUGAAGUGCAAGUUUGGUUCCUGGAAGAUGGAACUUGCCUCAGCAAGCUAAACCUUGAUAUUGAGGCAACUGCUAUGGCUUGCUGUCCCUCCUCUGACAGUGUUGCUGUAGGAACCAAAAGAGGUCAAAUCUAUUUUCUUGAUGUUACUGAAGUUGAAGCUCCACGGGUUGUUCACAGAAUUUUUCUUUCCGAAUUUCCAGUGCUGUCUUUGCAUUAUGAUCAGAGUGGCCGCUUCCUCAUCGCUAGAGCUAUAGAAGGACAUAUCUUUAUUCUAGAUGCCCGGCCUUCAAAAUUAUUCCAAGUACUUGGAUAUGUAGUGUUGUCAGAUGAAGCGCUGGAUCUUUCUGUAGUUUCUGACUUCAAUAAUGACUUGGUUGAAGUAGUGGUGCUUCUUAAUGUGGCAGAGGUCCAGCAAGCAAGACUGGAAAUUUUUUGUCUGCCUUCAGCACUCACAACAGAUAAUGAUAAGUAUGUUAAUGCACGAGGAAUGCUUAAUGCUAGUGCCAUUAAAAAGGAGCGAUAUGCUCUGGAUUUCCCUUUGAGCUCAGCAGUUGGAUUGAAGGAUAACAUUGUGUAUGGCUACUGUACCUGUGCACCUUUCAUCUGCAAAUACCACCUCUCUGAAGAGAACGUGUCAGAAGACCCAUCAAUAUUUUUAUCAGAAAAGAGGACUCCUAGCAGGCAGUUUGGAUCAGGUUUCCUCUGUUUGUCACCCAACAGCCAGUGGCUGGCGUCAGCAGCAAAGGAUGGUGUUUUGUUCAUCUAUCAUACUUCUACUAUGGAUAUACUUGCUCAAAUGCAUUGUCACUCAUAUCAAGGAGGGGGAAUCAGAUCCAUGGUAUUUUCAAUGGAUGGCAAAUUCAUCCUCGUUACUGGUGAAAAUGAUGGUGCCCUGGUGUGUCUGAAAUGGAAGAACAUAGAGAAAACUGAACUUAAGGAAGCUGCUGUUCACUGGCAAUCUCUUCUUGCUAUACUGAAAAAGUCUACUUCGAAUGAAAAUAUUGUUUUAAAAUCUAUGGCAGAAUGGCAGUUUGACCCAGAAUCUGCAUUGGAAACACUUCCAGAAGAGAAAUUUAAGGAGGCACCACUUAAAUCUUCCAGUUUAGAGGUGACAGAAGAAGAUGGAAACGUCAGCAGUUUGUAUUCAGCCAGUACCAAUGACAUGACAUGGAUAGGUCAGAAAAUAAAUAAGGUCAAUAGAGAAGAGACUCAGAGAUUUGCUAACCAGAAGAAAGAGCUGCAAAUGGGCAUUAAACAGCUGCGUAAAACUAUUCAGAAAAUGAUGCAUGAAAAUGAACAGGUGCCAGACAUUGAGAAACUGGAGCAUCAGGAAUUCAACCUGGAUAUAGAAGAACAGCAAAGAGCACAAGCAGAGGCUGAGCAAGAAGUGGCCAGGGUAAGGAAGGAGAUUGAAAUGGAGAUUUUAGCCAACUGCUAUUUACAGGAUGUCAUCAAACAUGAAUGCUGGGAUUCCAUGUGUGUAAAAGGACGUGCAAUUAAGUGCUUCCAUAUGGCUUGUGAAGUGAAGAAUUAUCCACUGAAGGAACAUAGUGAAGAAGAGCUGGAAGCUUUGGAGAAAGUUAUCCAGUUAAAGAAGAUUGAGACAGCUGAUCUUAAGGUUCAGAAGAAAAAUCUUGAGACUGAGUCUGAGACUGUAUUACCUAAGGAAGAAGGAGAGAAGGCAGAAGAAGUAACGGCUGACAAUAACACACCUUACAGCCUUAUUGGAAGUCUGAGCUCUCAGUAUGGUGGAGAUACAUCUCUCCUAUACCACCAGUGGGACUUGCACACCAGGGAGCAGAAAAUCAAUCAGAUCGUAUUAUUGAAGGACAUCAUUUACAAAGUGAAAACUGCUUUUAAUAAGGAAUUUGACAUAGUUGCACAACAAAAGGAACAGGAGAUAGCACAAGUGAAAGGAAGAAACCUGAAGAUCCAAGAAAUCUCGGCACAGCUUGAUCUCCAAGUGGAUGUGUGGGAGCCAGCUCUUACAGAUGAUGAGAUACCAGAGCGAGCACUCACUGUUCAGGACUCAGAGAUUAAAGCUGAAAAAUAUUUGACUCAACAAGAGAGAGAGAAAGCCGAGAUGCUGGCUAAGCUUGAAAUGGAAAAACACCUUGUUUCUACGGACGAUGAAAGACUGCGUGCUCUUGAUGACAUGAUGGGUGGAGUGCUAGAAGUCAAAAAGGAAGACAUCUUGAAAAUGGAUAUUCCUCCACCUCCUUUUAUAUCCAAGCCUGAGAAUGUUUGGAGUCAUGAAGAAAAGAAAAUAUUUGAAGAACACGAGAAAAAAGUCAAGGAGCUGAAUGAAGAAAAGGAGAAAUAUAGGAAGGCACUGGAAAAUGAAUUGAAGAAACUUCAAGAUUCCAUCCAGGAAACAACACGAAAUUUUGAUCAGACUGUGUGCAAACUCUCUGAAAGGAAAGUGAAAUUAGAGAUGGUCAUCUAUCAGGAAGAGCUGAAAAUAGUCAAUCUUAUUUACACAUUACUGUUGGAUGAAGAGUUGGACACUAGAGAAGCUGGACUGCAUAAUUUCCUAAAGAAAAAGGAGAAAGAAAAAGUCAAGACUGCAAGAACAGUCCAGAGUACAAAAAAUAAAAUUGAGGCUUACAUAGACACCUAUGAUAAGGCAGUAAUUGAAGAGAAGAAUCUGGAAUGUGGUUUUACAAAGGAGUUUGCUGAUGUACCUGCCAAUCUCCUUGAUGAACUUUUCAAACUUUACAGCCAUCGACCAAAGACCCCAAUGACAGAAGUGCUCCUCGACACUGCUAACCCCUAUGGGGAUUGUUCAGGCUCAGCUGAAGAUUACAAAGAGGCACUUUCCCUUUUAAUGAAAGCCAUGGAUGAACUGGAUACUCCUGAGCACAUGCCUAAUGGCUUAGACCUGACUACAUGGAAACAUUUUUGUCUAGCUAGACGAAAUAAAAUGGAGGCUGAGGAGCUGGUGAAACGAAAGGCCCUAAUAGUGGCAGAAAUGCAUGCCUUUCUCCAGAGAAGAAUGGAUGAUAAUGAGAAGAUCAAGUCAGAAAUAGAAGACAUUUUCCAAGAACUCAUUUGGCUGCAGGAGGAGAAGAUGAAACUUCAAGUGAAUUUGACUAUCCAGUUUUUGCUGAAACAAGGACAGGUGGAAUUGGAAAGUACUGAGAUCCCAGACUACACUGAUGCCAUUCUCAUUAAUAAGAGUGUUGUUGAAGAACUGAAUCAUGCUAUCAAGGCUCAAGGAGAGAAAAAAAUUGCUAGUAUGGUGGAAUGUAAAGACUACUCUGAAGGGAUAUUUCACUUGGAAUGGGAACACAGGAAAAUGAGAAUGCAGAUAGAAGACCUGAAACAGAAGGCUCAGGAUAUUGUAACACUACCUAUUUCAAAAGAUCGCCAGCUAUUCCUAACUAUGCUGAAUUAUGACAGUCACAUAGCCUACAACAUUUCAGUGAUGGAGCAGACUCUUGGUGUCCUGGAUGAGCUGCACAAGAAGAAUGUGAAGAACCGUAAGAAAAGAAUUAAACAGUUGGAGAAGUGCAUCAGUUUAAAGGAGCAAGCAAACUACAAGCUCAGCCUGGAGCUGAAAGAAAUGCUUGUCUCUGUUUCAGAAAGGAGGCAUAUCUUUAAGGCAGGCGACACACGGCAUAUUUCGGAAAAGAUUGCAAAACAGCGCUACCGAGAGAUUCUGAAGCAGAAACACCUACGCAGUCUUGUAAAGGAACAGGAAGAACAGUUUGAAGUUCUUCAUGCAGAAGCUCAAAGACUGAGAUCAAGAACAUUCCCAGUUAUUUAA